UUUUGUGUUCAGCUGGAGUUCCAAUCGACAUGAAGCUGGUACUUGCCGUCCUCUGCCUCGCCGUUGGCGCUAGCGCCUGGCCUCAGUGGCUCAGCGACUCUCCGCCUGACUUGGCUCACCGACAGCAAACCGUCAAUCGUCUGCUGUACAGAUCUACGGAGCCACUUAGAUUCGAUGAGCUGGAAGCCGCUGCUGCCAACUUCCAUCCCGAUGCUGACACCUCGCUUUACAAGGAUGAUGGCGUGGCAGUCAAACGGCUCCUGAAGGAACUGGAAGAUCACCGCCUGCUCGAGAAGCAUCACUGGUUUUCGCUCUUCAACACCCGUCAGCGGGAGGAAGCCCUCAUGCUCUUCGAUGUUCUAAUGAACAGCAAGACCUGGGAGACAGCGGUCAACAACGCUGCUUAUUUCCGAGAACGUGUCAACGAGGGAGAAUUUGUCUACGCUCUGUACGCGGCAGUGAUUCACUCCGAUCUUGGAACUGGUAUCGUAUUGCCUCCUCUUUACGAAGUCACCCCCCACAUGUUCACCAACUCAGAAGUGAUCCAAAAAGCAUACACUGCCAAGAUGACUCAGACACCCGGUAAAUUCAGCAUGGAAUUCACAGGAAGUAAGAAGAACUCCGAACAGCGUGUUGCCUACUUUGGUGAGGAUAUUGGCAUGAACGUUCAUCACGUCACCUGGCAUUUGGACUUCCCCUUCUGGUGGAACGAUGCUUACGGUUAUCAUCUUGAUCGCAAGGGCGAACUCUUCUUCUGGGCUCAUCACCAGCUUACUGUACGAUUUGAUGCCGAGCGCCUGUCCAACAACCUUGAUGUUGUUGACGAACUUUACUGGGACAGGCCCAUCAAGGAGGGUUUUGCUCCGCACACAACGUACAGGUACGGCGGUGAGUUCCCGACUCGUCCUGACAACGCAAGAUUCGAAGAUGUCGACGGUAUCGUCCGUGUCCGUGACAUGAUCAUCCACGAGAGCCGCAUCCGCGAUGCCAUUGCACAGGGGUACAUCACCGCUGCCGACGGAACGAAGAUCGACAUCAGGAACUCUGAGGGCAUCGACCAUCUCGGUGAUAUUAUAGAAUCGUCUCUCUACAGUCCCAACGCCCAGUACUACGGUGCCCUCCACAAUUCUGCCCACGUCAUCUUGGGUCGUCAAGCUGAUCCUCACGGCAAAUUCAACCUUCCUCCUAGUGUCAUGGAGCACUUCGAAACAGCUACUCGCGAUCCUGCCUUCUUCAGGCUGCACAAGUACAUGGACAACAUCUUCAAGGAGCACAAGGACUCCCUUCCUCCCUAUACUGCGGAGGAAAUUGGAUUCCCUGGAGUUCACCUGACCAGCAUUGGAGUUGAAGGAAAAUUGGAAACUUUCUUCGAAGAUUUCGAGUUUGAUCUGAGGAUGGCUGUUGACUCAAGCGAAUCCGUCAAAGAAGUUGCUGUGUCCGCGACCGUUUCUCGCCUCAACCAUAACGACUUCACCUACGAAUUUGACAUCAAAAGCGACGUCGCUAAGCACGCAGUUGUGCGAGUGUUCCUGUGCCCUCGUCGUGACAGCAACGGAAUCAUCUACACUUUCGAAGAAGGCCGUUGGAACUGCAUUGAGAUGGACAAGUUCUGGACAAAACUGUCUGCUGGUGACAACGUCAUCAAACGCAAAUCUUCAGACUCCUCCGUCACUGUGCCCGACGUGCCAAGCUUCCAAACUCUGAUUACUGAAGCUGACAAGGCCGUUGCCGGCAGCUCCGACUUUGACUUUGCGCAUUACGCCAGGUCCUGCGGAAUCCCUAACAGGAUGCUCCUUCCCAAGGGUACCGAGAACGGAAUGGAAUUUGCCUUGGUUGUUUCAGUUACCGAUGGUGAAUCAGAUGAACAGCACGAUGCUCUUGAGGAUGCUACCACAGAGAGCCACACCCAGUGCGGCAUUCACGGUGAGAAGUACCCCGACCACCAGCCCAUGGGCUUCCCUCUGGACCGCCCCAUUCCUGAUGAGCGCGUCUUCCUGUCCUCGGACAACAACGCCUACACCAUCGUCAAGGUCUACUUCAAGGGGGAGCAUUAACUGCAUGUCUCCUGAGAGUUUUUCAAACUGGUUUUUGCACAUUAUUUAAAGUAAACAGAUUUUGGAAGUCAUAAAAUAAAAAUUCUGCUUGCA